CAUUUCAGUCUUUCCUUCGUUUUUACUUCGUGUCGUCGUCGCUUGUGUGAACAAAAAAUACGAGAAAAUUGUUAAAAGCAACGAAACUUUGCUCCAGCAUUUUGAGCAAAAUUUCAAGAAACAAGUGCAACACAUAGCUAGCAACUCACUGCAGAUACUUUUUUGUACCCCCGUCGUUUAAAAAAAGCCGUCAAAAUUGAGUCGACAAAGAUUGACGAGACUUUUCCUUCCACAACUGCUAUGGAGGAUAAAGCAACAACAAAAGAUCUAGAUCAAUGGAUUGAGCAGCUGAACGAAUGCAAUCAAUUGACAGAAACACAAGUUCGCACUCUCUGCGAUAAGGCAAAGGAAAUCCUAUCGAAGGAAUCCAAUGUGCAGGAAGUGAAAUGCCCAGUCACAGUCUGCGGAGAUGUGCACGGUCAGUUCCACGAUCUGAUGGAGCUGUUCCGGAUAGGCGGCAAAUCGCCCGAUACAAAUUAUUUGUUUAUGGGCGACUAUGUGGACCGUGGCUACUAUUCAGUGGAGACUGUCACGCUGCUGGUAUCGCUCAAGGUUCGCUACAGGGAGCGCAUCACCAUCCUGCGUGGCAAUCACGAAUCGCGCCAGAUUACACAGGUGUAUGGAUUCUAUGAUGAAUGCCUGCGAAAGUAUGGCAAUGCGAAUGUCUGGAAGUAUUUUACCGAUUUGUUCGACUACUUGCCACUAACGGCACUGGUGGAUGGCCAAAUCUUUUGUCUGCACGGCGGACUUAGUCCGUCGAUUGAUAGCUUGGAUCAUAUUCGUGCAUUGGAUCGCUUGCAGGAGGUGCCUCACGAGGGUCCUAUGUGCGAUUUGCUGUGGUCCGAUCCCGAUGACAGGGGUGGCUGGGGAAUUUCACCUCGUGGAGCUGGCUACACUUUUGGGCAGGAUAUAUCAGAAACGUUUAACAACACAAACGGCCUGACAUUGGUCUCGCGUGCACAUCAGCUGGUUAUGGAGGGAUAUAACUGGUGUCACGACCGCAACGUCGUCACAAUAUUCUCAGCGCCAAAUUAUUGCUACAGAUGUGGUAAUCAAGCGGCUCUCAUGGAACUGGAUGAUUCACUUAAAUUUUCAUUCCUACAAUUUGACCCAGCACCGCGGCGCGGAGAACCUCACGUAACGCGAAGAACACCAGAUUAUUUCCUUUAAGCUGUUUUGCUCUCGGCACACGUGCAGCUUACAUUUACACACACAUAUUACAUCGCAUUAUAACAACAGAAAUAUAAACAAAACGCAAAAAGCAAAAAAAAAAAACAAAAACAAAAAAGAAAACAAAACAAAACAAUAACCUGUAACAAUUUCGAUGCAUUUUGUGUUGUAGCUGCAGUUGCCACAAAAACAAAUCGAACAGAUUGAAUUCUUCUGAGCGAGCGUAAAUUGUAAAUGCAUUGAGUGUUGUUAACGUGGGUCGAUAGACGCAACGGGUGGUGCCGAGUGUGGGACGAGUUGAUAUCAAGCAGCAGAAGGAAUCAUCAGGAGCAGCAGAGCGGGGGGGCGGAUAAUACGAUCCAAACAAACCUACCAACCAACCAACCAAGCAACAACAACAAAACAACAACUACAACUACUUAGCUAAAUUUGUUAAUUUAUAAAAUAACGAACUAAGCGUCGCGAGCAGCAGCAGCCGCAGUAAAAGCCAGAUAUGAUGGAUGGAUGGAUGAUGGAACAAUAGAAUAGAAUGGAAUGGAAUAGAAUCGAACCGAGCCGAACCAAUCCGCGAUGUGGGUUGGGCUUUUUUUGUCAUGGACGUACAAUGGACAGAUGGACAGAACUUAGGGCACGCAGCACAGAUAGAAGGACGACAAACAUCAAAGCAACAGCGCGGGGGAGGCAGAGCAGAACAGAAAGAACGGGGACAGCUGGGCGGGUUCAGCGAUUCAACAAAUAUAAGGAAUACAAACAAAAAGAAAUUUAAUAUUACUGAUUACAAUUA